AUGGAGGUGCGUACAUCGACAAGGUUCGACACUAACUCUCUAGCUAGCAGUAUCGAAUUCCACGAUGCGAUCAUAGACGAAGGCUUCGACGAUGAUAGACGUAAAGCGAGUGUCGAGGCGCAGAUUUUCGAGUCUCGGAGCAAGGGUGGGAUAUUAGAGCGAUGUAUCCACUAUUUCUACGAUAGGGCUCUGUUGAAGCGUCUUCAAGCUUAUGAAGACGCUGAGUUGAAGACGUUCAUAGCUCAAAAGCUGUUCAAAGUUGACGGCAUACUAUGCAACGAGCAGACGCGACUUGAGCUAAUACAGAGCAUGGUUGUGCAUUCAGGCUUCUUCGAGCUCGACGAAACUGACCUUGUUAGGAAAUACGGUGAAGAAAUGACUGGAUGGCUCAAAGAUCGCUUGGUCCCGUCAAUCAGCGAGUGUAGUAGUGUGCUCUACAAAGGCUGCGUCUCAUUUCAAUCGGCUGAAAAGCGUAAGAUCGAGAUUCCAGAUUUCACAGCAGAAUUCAAUCGCUUAGAGUCGUUCUUUUCCGUGAAUGAAUUAAGCCCUGAAGAGGCUUCACAGACUGCUUUCAAUGCAAAUUAUCUCACUAAAGCUCGGAGCAAAUUGAUCCCGUGCUGCGAUAUUUCUCGUGUUCGUUUACGAGAUGACAGUACUCCACAAAUGAGUCGUUCUGAGCUUAUCCAAGAGAUCUUUGCUGGAGAACACACGACUGAAGUCCCGAGAGAGCAAUCAACAUAUGGCACUCCGGAUUUCAUACAUGCAAAUUACGUUCGUGGUGGACCGUUAUUGAACACUUUCAUAUGCACUCAAGCACCGUUACAAAAUACCCAGGCAGAUUUCUGGAGAAUGGUUUAUCAAGAGCAAUCACGGUUCAUUAUAAUGCUGUGUAGCGCGAUGGAUAAGCAUUCACUGGGACCUUUAGAUCGUUCCCCUUCACCUCACUGCCAAUAUUAUUGGCCAAGGUCAGUAGGAGAAUCGCGCAGAUAUGGUUCGCUUAUUGUACGUAACGUGCGUGUGGAUGGUACCGUUGAUCCUCUAUUUAACGUCACUCAUCUGGAAGUUGUCCCUGUCGAUAAUGACAACCCAGCUGAUGUAUUGCAUGUGGAGCAUUGGCAAUGGGACUGGCAGAACAUGUGUGACGUGCACUGGCCGUUCCGCGUGCUUAGAAAGGCUCGCCUACAAAAAAGUCCAACAAUAGUUCAAUGCUUGGAUGGAUGUGGUCGCAGCGGAACUCUCGUAACUAUAGAAACUGUGCUUAUGCAAUUUCUGCGUGGAUCUCCACUUGACGAUGAUACUGUUCUUGUAUCCGCUUUAUUUGUCCGACUUCAACGUCGUCUGGCCGUGUCAUCCUCUCUUCAUUAUCUGUUCAUCUACCGCACAGUACUACAUUGGAUAGCUCCUUACGUUACAUCGAUCUAUCAGCGUUUUGCUCUCGGGUUAUCGUGGCCUGGUGUAGGAUUUUUAGCCAAGUAUGAAUCGAUGGUGAAACACUUAUCAAAGAAUACUCCUCC